AUGGUGGACAGAAAGAGAAAGAGAGCCUACGAAGAUGAUGACGAGUCCUUCCAGGACUACAGACCAAGGGUCCCAAAAAGACAAAGAAUCCCACCCGUAGUUCAAUUAUGUAAGGAAAUGAUGCCUGAUAUUUGCACUAUUGGGGAAUCUCCAAAAGCUUUCGCUGAUGAUAUCAAGUUUUUAAGCGAAGCUGUGGUAAAUGAAUAUGGGCAUGAAGAAUAUUUCAAUAACGCCUUCUUAAAUACGUUACGUUCUGUUACCCUAGAACAACCUCAUAAACAACCGGCAAUUGCUCUUUUAAUUUUGGCUAUUAAUUCAGGUAACCAGGUCGCUGGUAAGAGCAUCUUAAACUUCUUUUUUGAUGAAUUACAAAAAUGCUGCGAUGCCAGUGCUGAGGAUACUGGACCAAGUGAAUCAAAUGAUACAGGUCCAUGGAAUAAAGUUAAAUUGUACCUGAGAAUGCUCUCUCUUCUAUCACCAAUGAUCAUCAAUGAUGAUAUAAUCGGAAUUUAUCAAAGGCUCUUAGAUCUUGCCGUCCAAUUGAACAAUAUUGACGAGAACAAGAGAAACGCACUUUCUGAGGCUAUUUUCACUAAUACAAUUCUGAACAUUCCAUACCUUUUCUAUUUCAAAAGGGGAGAUGAUGAAACCUUGAAGAAUCAUGUUGAAGAAUUGAUUACCACUGUUGAAGGUGCGUACAAAAUGAGAAUUAGUAACAUUAAGCUUUUAAGUGAGUAUGACUCCAAUAGUCCAUAUGAGAUCACUGAACUAAUUCAAGUAGCAUUACCAAAUGUUAAAAAAGUUUUGGCUAAUAAUAUGGACCAAUUGUCUCAAUUGUUCUGUGACUGGAAAGAUUUGUUACCAGAGCAACCUGACAACUAUGGUUUCAACGAUGCCCUAAGGUUACCGGAUAUCGAAAAAUUGUCCAAUUACAGUUCUUUGUUGAAUGGCGUUGGUUCUGUUGAUAACAUGUGGAAGGGUCCAAGAUACUGUUUCCAUGUUUAUCUACCUCAUUCUUCCGGUGAAUUCGAUACAGUUCUCCCAGUUUCCUCGUACGCUGGUCAAUUAUUUAACGAUGUUGUUAUCGAUGUUGUUCAAAGUUUAGAAUUUAACAGAAAAGAGGUUUGCAAACAACUAAACAUUUUACCACUUUUCUUUAAGGAAGGUAUAUUUGCCAAUAUGGGUGAUUCAAUUGCUCAAAUUGCCGCUAUUUACGAAGAAAAUCCUUUGGCCUCAACAUUUAAAUUGGAAGAUUUGGAAAUUGAAGCUAUUCUGAGUUUAAUCUUUAAACUUCCUGAUGUUUCUCAACCAUUUGCGUAUUUUUACACGCUAUUGGUUGACAUAUGUCAAAAUAACCCAAAGGCGAUUGCACCUGUAUUUGGUAGAGCAUUCAGAUUUUUCUAUAACAAUAUCGAAAGUUUGGACUUUGAAUUAAGACAAAGAUUUUUAGACUGGUUCUCUGUUCAAAUGAGUAACUUCAACUUUUCUUGGAAAUGGAAUGAGUGGGAAGAGGAUUCAGAAAAGUUCCGCGAUUCAUUUUACAAUCCAAAAAUAAUAUUUAUGAAGAAUUUAGUUAGAAAGGAAUUGAGAUUGACAUCGAACGUCAGCGAAGUGGAUGACAGUUUACCAAAUGAAUUCAAGAAAUUCAUGGAAACAUCAUACCUUCCAGCCGAAGAAGUACAAGAAUUCUACCAAUCUCUAUUUACAAAUUAUCAAGUCAAAUUAGAAGAUGCAAAGAAAAAUGAUCUAUUAUUUACUCAAAGCGAUAUUCCAUUUGAAUCAAUAGUCCGUGACUUAGCCGAUUACGUUCACAAACAAAAUGAUGUCAGAGAAAUAAGUGAAUUAGAGGCUAUUAUUGAGAAAUUAAGAGAGUAUUCAUCAGAAAUUACGAAUUUUGACAGAUUUAUUGUUGUUCUAUUGACUCAAGUUGUUGUUCAUUGUGGUAGCAGAUCCUUAUCACACGCUAAUAAGUAUAUAACUGAUUUGAAGGAUGAGUUAACCGCAAUCUUCAACAAACUUGAAAUAGAAAAUGAGGCCAAGGAACAGGCAAUAAUUGAUGCAGUAUUGGCCUAUUGGAAUAUUAAUUCUCAAACUGGUUAUUUGAUUGUCGAUGCAUUAAAAUUUUCUGAAUUAGUAAGUGCAAAAUCUGUUCUAAACCACUGUCUAAGUGAAAAGAAUGGCAGAGUGUAUGCAUUGGCGGAUAUAACAGCUAUCGAUACGAUUUUCAGAACGUUAUCCCAACAAUUAAUUACUAAUGCUGGCGAUAAUGAAGCUUUCGAAUUUGUAUUUGAAAAGUUAUGUCUGGGUUUAAAAAGCUCUAUUGAAACCAUUGGUGUUUCCCAAGCUGAUAAUAUAGUCUUGCCAGACUUGAGUCAACAAUCUGAAAUAGAUCCAAUAAAUGAAUUACCAAAAUUAGAGAUCAUUUGGAAAUAUUUUGCCACCCUUGGUUUUGUGAAGAGUAUUUUGAGAAAAUAUUCUUCUCAAUAUCUUCCUUUGGUUGAGAAAUUCACCACCGGUAUGACCAAUGUGAUUUCUCAUGAACCGACUCAAAAACAAUUGUUGGAAUGGAUUAAUGAGGUACCCCAAAUCUAA